AUGAAGACAUUAAUGAAUAUGAUGAUGUCUCAAAUGUCUCAAAUUGGCAAGUUGCAAUCCCAAAUGGAGAACCUACAAGCCCAAAAUCAAGAAGGAGGCACUCAAGGAUCUACACAAGCCUCAUCUUCUAGUGGUAGACUUCCGGCUAACACCGAAAAUCCUAGAAAUCAUGUAAAUGUCAUCACCACUAGAAGUGGAAAAUCUUUGAAGGAUCCACCUUUUCCUUCUAAUGAUCUUACACUUGAAGAAGAUGUUAAGAAAGAUGAAGAUGAACAAAGGCCAAUUGAAGAGGAAAUUGAAAAAAUUCUUGAGGAUGAAAAUGAAUGUGAGCCUCUAAUUCAAAGAAACAAAUCAAAAGGGAAGGAGCCAAUUCAAGAAGGAAGCAACUCAAGUAAGAAGAAUGUGAACAAGAGCAAGCAAAUAGAUGACUCGGUGAUUCUUUGCAACUUGUUUCCAUUUCCACAAAGGUUGUGGAAAACAAAAGAAACCGAGAGAGAAAACAAGUUUAAAACAAUGCUUGAUAAGUUGGAGAUUUCUAUGCCCUUUGUGGAAGCCAUUACUCAAAUACCUUCAUACAAAAAAUUCUUGAAGGAUAUUUUGAGUAACAAGAAGAGAUUGGAGAAGAGUGCGGUAGUGGACCUUAGUGAGGGAGCUUUGACAUGUGCCGUUCUCCAAAAGAAUUUGCCUCCUAAGUUGAAAGAUCCGGGAAGUUUUUCUAUCCCUUGCAUUGUUGGAGGAUUUGUGGUGAGCCAUGCUUUGUGUGAUCUUGGGGCUAGUGUGAGCCUUAUGCCAUACUCUCUAUGCAAGAGGCUCAAUCUUGGAGAGCCCAAGCCCACUACCAUGACACUCCAAAUGGCGGACCGUUCCAUCAAGCGCCUGGUGGGAGUUCUUGAAGAUAUCCCGGUCAUGAUUGAUCAAUACUACAUCCCGGGAGAUUUCAUGAUUCUUGACAUAGAGGAGGAUGCCAAGGUUCCAAUAAUCCUUGGUAGGCCAUUUCUAGCCACCGCCGGGGAAAUCAUAGAUGUCAAAAGAGGGAAGCUUGUGAUGGAGGUAGCCAGCCAUAAAAUUGAGUUUGACAUCUUCAAGAUGGCCAAACACCAACCUUCUUACAUUGACGAGUGCAACAUGGUGGAAGCCAUAGAAGAAUGUGUUGGAGAGGUGCUUGGGAUUGGAGGAGAUAACCAAGGAAGCUCUCUUGUGGGAAAUUUCUUUGAAAAGUUGGGAGAGUGCACCCAAAUCAAGGUAGACCUUGGCAUGCAAGAGUGGAGAAGCAACUUUGAAAACAUGACGGGAGCUCUUGCCAUUCUUGAACCCCUUGGAGAGGAGCAUGCCCCAAAGGUAGAAUUAAAACCUUUACCUCCAAAUCUCCGGUAUGCUUUUCUUGGCUCUAACUCUACUUACCCGGUGAUUAUUAAUUCUUCUUUGCACAACGAUGAAAUUGAUAAAUUGCUUAAUGUGCUUAGAAAACAUAGGAGGGUAAUUGGGUACACAAUUGGGGAUUUGAUUGGCAUUGAUCCUAAGUAUUGCGUGCAUAGAAUCUAUUUAGAGGACAAUGCCAAGCCCAUUGUGGAGCCUCUUAGGAGAUUGAAUCCCAACUUGAAAGAUGUGGUAAAGAAAGAGAUUCUAAAGUUGCUUGAGGCCAACAUUAUAUACCCUAUUUCGGAUAGCAAGUGGGUUAGUCCCAUACAUGUUGUUCCGAAAAAGAGCGGUAUAACGGUCAUUGAAAAUGAGAAUAAUGAGUUGAUUCCUACUAGACUUGUUACCGGGAACCGAAUGUGCAUUGAUUAUAGAAAAUUGAACAAGUCUACUAGGAAGGAUCACUACCCCCUCCCAUUUAUUGACCAAUUGCUUGAAAGAAUGUCCAAAAACGAAUAUUUUUGCUUCUUAGAUGGAUUUUCAGGAUAUUUUCAGAUUUCUAUCCACCCAAGGACCAAGAGAUGA